AUGGCCAGGACCAAGGAAUCCAGCAAGGAUGUCGUCGUCCGCCGUCUCCGCGCCCGCCUCGACAGCAAGGGCAAGCCGUCGGAGGAGGACAAUGCAGUCGACGCCCUCGCCCUCGCCCUUAUCGCGGAUGACGACUCCCUACCGGCCACGCUGACGGAGGUCGUGACGCUGUUGCCGCCGCCCGGCUCCUUCGAAGACGGACAGCCCCCGACUCAUGCUCUCUUUGCGCCGGAGCCCGACACGACCAUCAAGCGCCCAGCCCCGCGCAACAAGGCCCAGUCGAAGCGUCCGGCCAAGAAGCGACGCACCACCGCGAACUCCCUGAAGUAUUCCCUUGAGCUCCCCGACGACGUGCCGGCCGCGAUCCGUCACAAGGGCGACGAAGCCGACGACGCCACCGAGGACGCCGAAGACGACGAAGAAGGGGCCGAAGACCGCGAAGAGGCAGUCGGCGAUGAAGAGGAAGCGGAAGACGGCGAGAUCACGGAGAGCAAGGCCACCUCCAAGUCCAACAGUGACGCGUCCUCGGUUGACCGCAGCCACGGUUCGGCGUGA